UUUUCAGAUGGCAGAAGUUUCGCUUAUUUUCACAGAUUCAAUAAAAUCAUUCCGAACAAAGUAACCUUCGAUUAAUUUUAGCAUCCGGAAGAAGUUGAAAAAUUAUUUUUGUCUAUCCCACGAAAAUGGCCUUCCGUCAAGUUAUUUGCAACAGUAUUGGCCUGAAUCAAAUUUCGAAGGCCCCGAGACUGAUGGUGGUGCCCCGGGCAUCGAUGGCGUCCCAGAAAUGUCCCAAUGAACCCCCACGGCCAUGCCCCCCUUGCCAUCCCGGUGGUUCGUCAUCGCGAUCCUCGGGGUCGGGAAAACAGUACCAGAUUGCCUCCGGUUACCACAAGAUCAAAGAAAUGCAGGCCAAAUUCCAAGUCCGGGACAACAAGCCAGUCUUUCUGAAGGGCCCCAUGGAUCAUACGAUGUAUCUGACCACCUGUGGACUGGCCUUAUGCGGACUUCUCGGAUCAGUGUUUGUCAUCGCUACAGUUAUCCUAUCCUGAGACUCUGAGACUUGAAAGUAUAA